CACACGUUUACGUGCAGUUUUAAAUCCUGAAGGUCUCUGGUCGGCGAACGGUCCAGAUCAUGCAGGAUUUAUUCAAAUAUUUCGUUUUAUUCAUUAUUUUUUCACUCGAAUUUUUACUUGGCAAAAAUAAUGCUGAACAAGAUUAUUAUGACAUUCUCGGGAUAAGUAAAUCAGCCUCAAAUAGUGAAGUUAAAAAAGCCUUCCGGAAACUAGCGUUAAAAUAUCAUCCAGAUAAAAAUAAGGAUGAAGACGCACAGAAAAAGUUUGUGAAAAUUGCUGAAGCUUAUGAUGUGCUCUCUGAUGAUGAAAAACGUAAACAGUAUGAUAGUGUUGGACAUAGUUAUUAUACACAACAGCCUGGUGGAAGUGGUGCUCCAGAUUUCGAUUUUAAUAGUUUCUUCCGAAACUUUGAUAUGUUCCGUCAGCACAGACAUACUGAUGAUCAUGGUUCGUUCUUCAAUUUCCGUGGUUUAUUUGACGACGAUGAUGGUGAUGACGAUGGCUUCUUUUCACCAUUCGGCAGCAUGUUCCAUUCAUCAGAUGAAUCUCAUGGGUUUAUUAGACAUCAAGGUCAACAAAACUGUCAAACUCAAACCAUACGAAGAGGUAAUACAAUUAUUACUCAAACACGUUGUUCUUAAUUACAUCCUAGAAGUGAUUUCAUUGAUAUUAUUUUGUACGAUUAUACAAAAAUAUCUCACUGUUGUUUGCCCUCUUGAUAAGCUUAAAAUUUUGUACAGCCAGUGGUCGUUAUUAUAAUGUUUCACAAUGUCAUUUUGUUUAUAUGAACGUUGCAUUACUUUUUCUAAUAAUCCACAUAAAAUAACUGGUUGUUCAUAUCACACACCGUGUUUUGUUUUGCUUGGAAAAAAAAUGUUUUUUAUAUAUAAAGAUGUAUGCAUACUCGUUCAUCUUUUCUGUUUUAUUAUGUUGAGACUACCAUUGUCUUUCUCUUGUCAUUGGUUGGUGUGGAUAAUUUUAAAGAGUGAAGAAAAUGUGUAAAAGGUAAUUUCUACAAACAUUAAACAACCAUGAUAAAUAAAAAUUUCCACUAUUUCAUUCGUUUGAUAGAUAUAACCAGCUGUUGAUUGUUGUUUGGUUCAACAAAUUUUCAUAAUAAAAAUUAAAGCCAUU